AUGCAAGAAGAGGUCAUAGAAAGCGACUUUGAGGACUCCAUCAAGGAGAUUGAGCAACCACGAGCAGAAGAAACUGACGUGGAAAACUUUACAGAUUUUGAAGACACUUCAAAUAAUACAGCGGAACAUCACAAUGUUGAGGAAACUGUGGAAGAAGAGGAGGUACCGGUAUUUGACGAGGAUUUUGAUUUUUCAGCAGAUCCUGUGGAAGAAAUGAAAAAGUCAUUGACAUACCUAGAUCCAGAGGAUCCACCAAGACCUUCGAGAUCAUCAAAUACUUCCUCUAAUAACACUAUGACAUCAGCUAGUGUGAAGCUUCCAGCAUCACCAAUUAAGGACACUGAUAGCUCCAUGCAAUCUCCAAAACGAGAUAUUUCAGGAGCUACAAAACAAAAUCAAGAAUAUGUUGUCAUGCAACGGAGUUUAGUGAAAGAAGAUUUAGAAAAUAUUUCAGGCAUCUUCAAGCAAGAAUUCAAGCAAGAAUUCUCUGAAGAGAGAGCAAAAUAUCUUUCUCAAAUCGAAGAAUAUCAAAAAACUAUUGAAAGACAAGAGGUUCAAAUCAAAGAGUUUCAAAAAAAGCUUCUUGAUCAGGAACUCAAAGAAAAAACAUUAUUGAAUGAGCUUCGACAAGAGCAAGAAGAAAUCAUUCACAGAAUGAAAAUUAAUUUUGACCAAGAGAAACAAGCAACCGUGAAUAAUGUUCGAAUAGAAUAUGAAUCUACCAUACAAAAAUCCCAACUUAAAAUCGAACAACUAAAGGAGGAAGUAAAACAACGUGAUUUACGGUGGCAAGAGGAAAAUGAAGAGUUUUUAAGGAGACUCGCAAGAGAGAAAGAACGAACGGAUCUUACUAUUGCCACCGAGAUGGAAAAUAUGAAAAGACGAACUCAAAUGGAGAUUGACCAACUUCACAAGUUACAUGAAAUUGAAAAAGCUGCUUUGAUUCAACGCCAAAAAGAUGAAAUUGAGGAACAUAAACGUAUUUUGAAAGAAGAGCUUCAAUCGAAGAUGAAACACGUUGAGGUAGAGUCCUCUUUGAACGAUUUAAUCAAGAAAGUGGAAGUUAAUGCUCAUUCUGUAGAAACGCUUCACAACAGGCUCUAUGAAGAUCAAAUGAAGCUGCUUAAACAAAAAGAAGAUCACUUGCUGGUAAGAGAACGAUUAAUUGCCGAGAGCGAAAAACAUAUCCAAAAGCAAAAGGAGGAAACCAAUGCAGAACGGACACGUAUUCAAACAUUGUUUGUAGAAAUGGAAACAAAGAUGCAAGGAAUUCAGAAAAAUUAUGAAGAGGAACGCCUUUUGACAAUGAAGAAAGACAGAGAGCUUGAAGAAAAGAAACGAAUCUUUGAAAAAGAAUAUGAAGCAAAGAUGAAGGAAAUUUAUGGAAUGAGAGAGGCUCUCGAUGAGGAAAAGAGCAAAUUCAUUGUGGAAAGACAACAAUUCAUGGUUGAAACUCAAGAAGAAAGAUCCAGGCUUUCAAGAGCUCAAAAAGAAAAUUUGGCAGAACGCGAAUCAGCAAGAAUUGAACAUUCAGCACGAAUGAAAGAUUUAUUUGAAAAGGAAGCAAAUUUAUCUGCGGAGAAGAAAAAUUUAGAAGAAGAACGAAGACUCAUCAAAGAAAUGAAAGAUCUCAUUGAAAGGGAACGUAAAGAUAUCGAGGAGUUAAAAACAACUCUUGUGAAGGAAAAAGAAGCCCUUUACCACCAACAUGAGGCUGUUUCUCAAAAGAUGAUACAGGUACAGACUGAUGCUGAGCAUAUAUCAGCAAAAUAUCACGAAAUUAUGAAGGAAAAAGCCGAAAUAGAGAAGAUGAGAAACGAAGCGGAAGCUCUCAACAGAAAUUAUUUAUUGGAAAAGAAGAACCUUAAACAAUUAGAAAAGCAAUUACAAGACCAAAGAAAAAUGCUUGAAAUCGAACGACUGGAGAUUACCAAAACUAGAAAGCAACUAGGUGUCGAAAAGGCUGAGAUUGCAGCUCGAUCAGAAAGAAUUAGAAAGACCGAAAUGACUCUCAAUGAACAAUUGAAAUUUAUGAAUUUGACUUCAUGUGUGGAAAAGGAUGUCAUGGACGAAGAAGAAGAGAUUUCUCCACCAAGGAACCGAAGACAUUCAAGAGAACGAGACUAUUCUGACAAAUCAGAUCAGCUGUCGUAUGCAGACAAUGUGAGCCAUCAUAGCAACGAUAGUCCUGCUGCAAAUGAGAGAAGGUAUUCUACUCCAAUACUCGAAAAAAGAAGAGAAGACACCACAAGACCUUCCACAUAUUCCGGAGGAUGGAUUUCUUCAGCCUACUAUGACGUCGAUGACAUGAGAAAUGAAUGGAAAAUUAAGGAACAACAAAAGUUUUUAGACCAGAUCAGUUUGCAAAAGAAGGUUUUUCUUGGUAGCAACCCAGUCGAAAUGAAUUCGAUGGAAUCAUCCACCUCUAUUCCAGUCUCUUCAAGUUGCAGCAAUCCUUUUCAAGGCUCUUCACUCAAUUCACACUUUACUCCCUUACAGCCAAUGGACAACACAAUCACCACACUUUCCAGCCAAACCAACUCUCCUCUUUCCACACAAAGGCAAGAAUCUGGUUUGUAA